AUGGCUCGCGUUUCCAAGGUCGCCAGCCUGCUGUGCGUCGGAAUAGUCCUGCUCGCGCUCGCCCUCACUCCUGCCGACGCCAUUCCGGCUACCUCCUCCGACCUGAACAGCGACGGCACGUGCUACCGCGACUUCCAAGGUCGCUUCCGCAACAGUCCUUAUUUCGGCAAGGUUGCGCAGGUGCCUGUCAGCAAGUUUAACAGCAACAAGGGCUGCGGAACGUGCUACGAGGUUUCCUGCUCGGGCCGCGCAUGCAAGGGCGGCUCCGUGAAAGUGCGAGCGAUCGGGAAUAGUGGAUGGGAGGCCUUUAAUCUCGAUGCUCCCGUGUGGAACCAACUCGUGGGCGGGCAGGGCGGGCAAGUGGAGGUCACGUACGAUCCCGUGGAUUGCGAUAGCAGCGGCGGAAUGGCGGUGAGACUCUUGGGCCAAGCCAGUCGGGACUAUUUUGCCCUUCAGAUCCUCGGAACGGCGAAGAAAGGCGGCGUGGACAAGGUGGAGCUUUCGAGUGACGGGAAGAAGUGGAGUAGCAUGUUCAUUGAAGGCGGCGCGUGGGUGAUGAGGCCCGCCACAGGCGUCGUGGAAUCGGGACGCGCGGUGAGCGUGCGCGUGACGGCGGCGGACGGCGGCCGGCAGGUUGUGCUGGACAGGGUGAUUCCGAGCAACUGGAGCGGCCGCGAGGAGACCUACAAGACCAACAAGAACUUCUAG